AUGUCAUCUGGCAUCGGAUCGCUCUUCUCCUCGCUCUUCCUCUACCUGCGCUCGCUACUCUUCUCCAAGCAUCUCGAAAUAUGCGUCGUCGGCUUGCAAGCCGCGGGCAAGACGUCGCUCGUCAACCUGCUAUCUUCGGGCCAGUUCGCGGACGAGAUGGUACCCACCGUCGGCUUCAACAUGCGCAAGGUACGGUCAGGUAACACGACCAUCAAGGUGUGGGACAUCGGUGGACAACCCAGAUUCCGCAGCAUGUGGGAGAGGUACUGUCGAGGCGUCUCUGCCAUCGUCUUUGUCGUCGACUCGUCCGUGCCGCUACCCAGUGCAAAGAACGAAUCGACCGGUACUUCGACCAGCAAAACCUCCGCACCUACCUCCACCACUUCGGCACCAGCCGCUGCACCAGCAGCAUCCACCGCAGCGUCCAAGAGCGAGGCCACACCCGUUCCUGCACCUGCAAUCCCAUCGGCAAUCACGUCGACGUCAGGGCAAAGCACACAGAGUUCGUCGGCGUGGAGCGUGGCCACAGAAGAGCUGCAUGCUUUGAUCGAGAGACCCCAUCUCUCCGGGGUCCCGCUGCUCAUAUUGGCGACGAAGAACGACAUCAAGGGUGCUGCCAGGGUGGACGAUGUGAUCAGGGUCAUGAAGUUGGACACGAUCGCGAAUCGGGAGGUUAGCUGCUACAGCAUCAGCAGCAAGAAUCAGGUCAACAUCGAUGUCACCUUGAAGUGGCUGGUUGCGAGGAGUCCGGUUGGGCAGCGCUGA